AAAUUGUCAUUGAAAACCGAAAUUGUAGGACAUUAAAAAUUUCAUUUUUGUUUUGUCAAUUUACACAAAUAAACGAUUCAACAAUCAACAAAUUCAAUCAUCAUGUUCAAUAUUGAAACAUUAUCAGAUCGUGCAUUUGAAUUGGGUGAAGGACCACAUUGGAAUCCGGUGGAUGAAAAACUUUAUUUUGUUGAUAUUUUAACUGGUCAAAUUGCAACAUAUGAUUCGAAUGGAAAAUUCAAUGAAAUUUAUAAGAAUAAUAAUGAUGAAACUGUUAGUGUCGUAUUGCCAGUCAAUGAUAAUAAUGUUGUCAUCAGUGUUGGAAAUAGUUUACGUUUAUUAGAUUUACAAACAAAAACUGAAAAAUUAAUCGAUAAAAUUUCUGUUGAUGGUCAUCGUUUUAAUGAUGGAAAAUGUGAUCCAUCCGGACGAAUUUGGAUCGGAACAAUGGGAAAAGAUUUUAGUAAUGCAAAUUCUGCAUUAUAUCGAUUAAAUCCGGCGACAAAUAAACUUGAAGUUCAAAUUGAUGAAAUAAUUUUAUCCAAUGGUCUUUGUUGGUCAUUGGAUUCGAAAAAAAUGUACUACAUUGAUUCGGGCAAACGUUCAGUUUUUCUAUUCGAUUAUGAUAUUGAUAAUGGCAAUAUUUCAAACAAACGAACAUUUUUGAAUAUGAAUGAUAAUAAAGAUUUCGAUUCGGAUGAAUUACCAGAUGGAAUGACAAUCGAUGUAAAUGGAAAUCUUUGGAUUGCAAUGUUUCGUGGAUCACGAAUAGUCAAUAUUGAUGGCCGAAAUGGAAAACUAUUACAAUCAAUAAAAAUGCCAACUUCAUUGAUUACAUCGGUAUGUUUUGGUGGUGGUCCAAAUCUAGAUACAAUGUAUGUUACAUCAAGUCGCCGUUAUUUGACUGAUGAUCAAAAAAUUGAACAACCAUUGGCUGGUUAUUGUUUUCGAAUAACAUCUAAUGAUUCAAAUUUUAAAGGUUUUAAACCAAAUUUCAAUGCUAAUAUCAAAUGAAACC